AUGGAGCUCCUUGCAGUCUCUUUCUCGUCAUCUCUGGCUGGGAAUGCCUUGUUUUUGGCGCGGCAGCAUUUGUGCAAGUGGAAGAACCAUAGUAGAUUUGACUUAGAAGCCAAAUUUGUGAGAAAUAGAAAUUUGAAUAAGAGUUUGAGAAGAGGAAGGAGGUGUUUAUCUGAAAAAACAGAAGCUUCUAUUUCUUGUUCAACUGGUACAGGGGAGGAUCCCCUUAUACCUGUUAAGAAAUUAAGUGAUGCACGCGUCAUUUAUACUGUAGCUCCUGCCAUGGGUCAUAACCAGGAGUCUCAUCCAGAAUCCCAUUUUAGAGUUCCUGCAAUAGUGAAUGCUCUUGAAAAAUGGGAGCUCUCGCCAAAGUUCCGUGGCUUGGAGGUUAUUGAACUUGAAAAUUUCAACGCAGCAUCAUCGAAUGACAUUGCAAGUGUUCAUACAAGAGCCUAUGUAUCAGGCCUUGAGAAGGCUAUGGAUCAAGCCUCAAAACAGGGAAUUAUUUUGAUUGAAGGCUCUGGGCCAACAUACGCAACUGUUUAUACGUUCCAGGAGUCACUAGUUGCAGCUGGAGCAGGAAUUGCCUUAAUUGAUGCAGUGGUUGCAGAAUCAAAGAUCAGCAAGAGUCCACCUGUAGGUUUUGCUUUAAUAAGACCUCCUGGACAUCAUGCUAUUCCAAAGGGUCCAAUGGGGUUUUGUGUUUUUGGAAAUGUUGCAGUUGCAGCUCGUUAUGCUCAGCGUUCACAUGGCUUAAAGCGUGUGUUUAUCAUUGAUUUUGAUGUUCACCAUGGGAAUGGGACAAAUGAUGCUUUCUAUGAUGAUCCUGAUAUAUUUUUCCUGUCGACUCACCAAGAUGGAAGCUACCCUGGUACUGGUAAAUUUGAGGAGGUAGGCCAUGGAGAUGGGGAAGGAACAACGCUAAAUCUUCCUCUACCCGGAGGCUCAGGUGAUACUGCCAUGAGAACUGUGUUUGAUGAAAUAAUUGUACCAUGUGCUCAGAGGUUUAAGCCAGAUAUUAUCCUUGUCUCUGCUGGGUAUGAUGCUCAUGUAUUGGAUCCACUAGCGAGUCUGCAAUUCACGACGGGAACAUACUACAUGCUUGCAUCCUAUAUUCAACAACUUGCGAAUGAUCUAUGUGGGGGUCGAUGUGUAUUUUUCUUGGAAGGAGGAUACAACCUCAAGUCCCUUUCCUAUUCCGUGGCAGAUUCAUUCCGUGCCUUUCUGGGAGAGCCAAGUUUGGCUUCCGAGUUUGACAACCCUGCCAUCUUGCAUGAAGAGCCAUCAACCAGGGUUAGGCAGGCAAUUGAGAGGAUGCAAGCAUAUUCUGUUGUGCAAAUCCUUACCUACAAAGCUCGUAGUUCUCACUUAUAG